AUGUAUAAACAGUUCUCAGGCAUGGAAAGCUUUCUACUUUGUCCAGUGAAAAGAAGGAGCAUACACAGACAUACGGCUACUGUGUGGAAUACAAACUGCGACGUGAUAGAUCUGGUUGUAAAUUUCCAAGCGAUGAGGUCACACUGCUUGCGCCUCGAUGUCAAAUCACCUCCCAUACCCAUGACAUCUCUGACACCUCCAGUUUUCGGAACACCAAUUCUUGAGUGUAGUUCUGAAACAAAAUUUUACAACAGCACCACAUGA